AUCUUGCACUGUACGUUAUUCCCCAGUUUCAUCACUGCAUUUUUUUUUUAAGCUGUAUCUUCAUACGGGUCAGUUUGGCUUGCGCAUUCGCCCAUUGGCUUUGCCGUGAGCGCUACCUAUCAACAGCUUGUUUGACACGACGUGUUUACAAUUCUAAGCCUUAUUGGCUGAAGUAUUAAAGGCUACAUUGAAGUACGGUGCUUUCCCACAUGGCGGCAGUUCGGUCGCGGCGUUUAAAUGGCGAAGGACGUCUGCUGAUUGGUUGAUAAGUAGGCCGUGACGUCAAGCAACGGAAACUUACUUAUAUCGCCGCGGUGACAUCAACGGUCAUUGUAGUUGGAAGCGCCACGCGAGAAGGUUGUGGUUAGGUGCUGGAGUGCGACGUCUAUUGUUUGGUCGUAGAUAUCAUUGCGUAUUACGUGGGCGCGUCGGUUAUUAAUUUUCGAUUGUUAUAAUCAAGUCAAUUGAAUAAAUUAAAAUUAGUGAAGCAGUAAAUUUUAAUAAACUUGUUUGGUUUUUUUUUUAUUAUUCUUUGUGGAGUGAUGGCAACAGAAGCCCAACGACUGAUCAGCAUCUCGCUGACCAAGAUAGCGCAGUCGCGGGCCCAGCGCGGUGGCGUGAGCCUGCACAAGAACCUGCUGGUGGCCACGGUGCUGCAGAAGGCGCGCUACAUCUUCAUGGAGGAGGCGUACCAGAUGGUGCAGGCCACGGCAGGGGCCGGCUACGUGGCUUCGGCGCUGGCCAGCGUGCCGCAAGGCGCCGGCCAGCCGCUAGACGACGACUACGAGCAGAACUACGACGAGGCGGACAGCGUGGUGGGCCUGACGGUGGAGGAGGCCGCCCUGGGGGGCGCUCCCAAGGACUCCUCGCAGUUCUCGAGGUGCGCAGACACGCCGCCGCUCGUGGUGGAGGACAAGGAGAACAAGUCGCCGCCGCCGUACUCGCCCACGUACCUGGACCUGGACAAGAGCCGCGAGGACGCCGUGCUGCGAGACAGGUCCAACUCGCGCUGCCAGAAGAGGAGGAAGGCCGACUGGGAGGCGGAGGAGUCCUCGUCGAAGCGAGUCAAGACGUGCGGUGACAGUGACGCCGUGUUCCUGGACGAAGCCUCGCUGCUGGGUUGUGUGAGUGACGAUGAGGACGAGGACAGUGCGGCGGCCAGCAUGGAGAUCGACAGGAUCACCAGCCUGGUGUCCAUCUUCAGCUUCGGCGGUCUGGCGGCGGGCGCGACGGACAUGUCCGUGAGCUCGGGACUGGGCAAGCUCACCAGGUCCGUGUCCACGCCUGACCUGUGCUCGGCGCAGGCGAAGGAAGGUGUCGACGUGUUGCAGCAGAGGCAGUUCAUUGCCAUGACCGUGUAAGUAGGACGUGCCUCGUGCACGUUCGCGCCCAAAACAUUCCACGAUCGUCCACGUGGGUUGAACAACGAAAUGUUCGUGAUCUCGCCGAAUUUUUUUACUACUUUUGUGUUUUGUAAAAUUCGUUAAUUGUUAUAAUUAUUGACACAUUGAGAAAUUUGUAUGCAAUAUGAUGCAGCAUUAAAUUAAGAGCGUUUAUUCUCCAGA